GAGGGGGCUUGGAGUGUGUUCCCUUUUUUUGUACUGUUUCUCAGCAGCAGUGGCGGUGGUUAAUCAUUCAAUUGCCCCUCUCUUUCUUGUAGGCGCGGGUAUAAAUGCAAGCAAUCUUUGCUCAUAGAUCUCUCUCUCUCUCUCUCUAUAAACACGAACAGAUAAGGGACCUGCAUCUCCCCUUUAUCUCUCUCAAUAUCAGUUCUCUGUUUCUGGGGGCCUUGAACAUGGCAGUAUCACUCUGCAGAGAGUGAACACUGAGCAGUAGAGGACAGUGGGAGCAAAGCCCAAAGAGGAGAAGGUCUCAGUUUGUAAUGGUUUCAAUGAGGGAAAGGCUUCAAUUGAGAGCAGGGUGAUAAAAGGAGAAAGGAACCUGGAGUUGGUAACUUUCCUUUUUCCACUUUUAGCUGUGGUUGGGUUCCCUUUGCACUGACUCAAGGGGCGGAGUGGGUGUGGUUGGUUUGUUGCCUGGAGAGCUCCAACGCAUCGGGAGAGAAGAGGACAGGGGAUUGUGUCAUGAAUGGUUGGCUUCUGUUGCAGUGAUCUCUGAAACCAAUGUGUGCUCAACUUUUUCUGUGGUUUCUGAGGGAUGAGGAUUCUCUGAUUGCUUUGCCUUUUCAUAUCUGAUAUGGCUGAGAUUUCUCUCUGUUGAGCUAUUUGAUUAGUGUGCUAUAUGCGUGGUCAUUAGUCUAUUUUUUUGUUUAGAUUCAUGGCAUUUAAUGUUGUCUGCUCUAUUCUUUAUGGGUAAGGGAACAAAAGUUUAUAAUAUUAGCUACUCUCAGUAUUUUUUUUUUUUUAAAUUUGUAUCACUAGUAUCAAUCCGUUAGGUCUUGGGAAAUAUUUCCAUGUUUGGCUUUCCUUUCCCUUUUUUUUUUCUUUGGUAUAGUGAUAUCUGGAUUCAGUGGCUUGUAGUUGAAGUGUGUCUUGUGCCUUUUCUGGUUUCUAUGCUAUAAUUGGUGGGUUUGGUGAAUUGGAUUUUGCAAGUCGUUCUUAAACUUUUAUAUGGAUUAGGUGAUCUUUUAUAAAUCAGAAGUUUCUGAUCUUUAAAGUGGGCGACUUCUACUAUUUAACAAGUCCAUUGAUAGGAGCUGUUGCUUGGAAAUGGGCUUGUGUUCCCCAUCUGUUUGCUUGAACCUUUGCCCCAAGCCAUUCGGCAUCGCCCAUUGAUCUUGGUAAAUUUUAGAUGAGUUCUACUGGUUAAUUAUUUGGGUGUUUUAGCUGGGUUGAGGCUUGCAAGAAGGUAUUUAGAUUAAACUAAGGAUGCUGAGAUCAGAUUGAACAGUAGAUCCUUUUUGCUUGUAACUUCACUGAUCUUCUUGUUGUGGAGAGUGCCAUGGAGAUGGAUAUCAAUGAGAAGGAUAAAUUUGGGUUGGAGAAGACCGAGGAUCAUCCCAACUACCAUAGUUCGGGUAUGUCGGCCGACUGGCAAAUCGGCAACCCAUCAAUGGCAUUGGUCUCGGCUCCCCCUAUGGGUUCCUCCCAGUGUCCAUCAGUUUCCAUGGUGGAAUGCUUUUCUCCUAGCCUUUGGAUUCCUUCUGUCCAUGCACAGAGCUUAGGCUUCUGUGGUAAUAAUGUCCAGAGCAGCACGGCUGCCUCCAAUAGCAUGCCCAUUGGAAAACCAGUUCCCAGGCCUUUGAGGCUUGACAUAGGCUGGAAUCCUUCAGAUUGUUCAUCGAAAGGAAGUGGAAUUUUCUUACAGACCGGCACUGGGGUUCUCCCUCCAAGAGUCUCUCAUUUUCCGACCGAUUCUGCUUUCAUCGAGCGUGCUGCAAGGUUUUCAUGCUUCGAUGGUGGUAAUUUAGGCAGCAUGAUGAAUCCUUUCAGUACACCUGAGUCCUUGAGUUCCUAUUCUAAUACUCCAAAAGGUGUCCCGGGAGCUCAGAUUCAGAAGAGUGAAAUGAACACAACAGAAGCUCAUAUGGAUGCCUCAUUGCCGAUUGAUCAUGGAUCCAGCAGCAGAAGUCCAAUGAAGGAGCAGAGAGAUAAGGGGACCUCACAUGGUGCCGGUGUCUCGAGCAAUGAGUCAGGUGAGCCUGAGUUCAGUGGAGGUGGUCAAGAAGAGGCACCUAAUUUGGCUAGUGCAGCUGGGGAUUCUUCUUCCACAGGACUUGCUGCUAAGAAGAGGAUAAGGCCCAGUCAGGAUAUGGAAUCAGACCAAGUAGGAGGCGGCGGCCCGCAGCAGUCUGUUGAAAACACAAUGGAUAGUGUGGACACUAAACAGAGAGCAGAACAAAAUAGCUCAACCAUUGCAACUAUCAGGCCUAAUGGGAAGCAAGCCAAAGAUAGCUCAGAUGCAUCCAAGGAGGAUUAUGUUCAUGUGCGAGCACGGCGUGGCCAGGCAACUAAUAGCCACAGUCUUGCAGAAAGAGUGAGGAGGGAAAAAAUUAGCGAACGAAUGAAGUUUCUUCAAGAACUUGUUCCUGGUUGCAGUAAAGUCACAGGAAAAGCAGUCAUGCUGGAUGAGAUCAUCAACUAUGUUCAGUCUCUACAACGGCAGGUUGAGUUUCUGUCAAUGAAGCUUGCUGCUGUCAAUCCAAGGGUGGACUUCAAUAUAGAAGGACUUCUUUCUAAAGAUCUUCAUCAAUUCAGAGAUGGUCCUUCAUCUGCCAUUGGUUUCUCGCCAGAUGUGAUUCAUCCUCAACUACAUCCAUCCCCUCAGGGUCUUGUUCAGGUGGGGAUGUCUGGCAUUGUGAACCAUUCAGAUGCACUUCGAAGAGCAAUAAACGCUCAGCUUACUUCCAUGAAUGGACACAAAGAACCUAUGCCUCAGAUACCUAAUGCAUGGGACGAGGAGCUCCACAAUGUCAUGCAAAUGAAUUUUGGUACUAAUCCCCCUCUCAACACCCACGAGUUAAAUGAUAAACCUCGCCAACGAUACACCAUGUGAUGCCACCAACCUGUUCAUGUCCUGAUAGAUAAAAAGUUUCUUAUUAGAUGCUGUCAGAUCAUACAAAAGUUAAGCUUUGAUCAUAUCUCGAGCUUGUUUGCAUCUGCUCUUUCAAGAAAAUAACAAAGCUUGCUCACUUCAAAGACGCGGGUUAUACAAUUCUGAUACUUCCAGUGGAAGAUCCAAUUUUAUUCUCUCUCUCUGAGAAAUGUAAUUCCAGCAUCACAGAAAAAAAAAGCAAUAUAAUUCCAGAGCAUAACUAUUAUUGCUUGUUGUAUAGCACUUUCGGGGUUGUUCUCUGCAAGGCUUUACUGCAUUCCUGAAGUACAUUAGCUCAUUCUUCAGAAAUUAGUGUAAAAGAGGAAGCAUAUUUUUGUGGAUAUAUAAGUUCUUCUUGCCAAAAGCUUGGGAAUGAGUAAUGAUAGAGUCACAUAUUCGCUUAA